AUGGACGUCGAUGACGAGGUGAUUGGCUCACCUCAGAAGAAGUUGCCCCCGCCAAUGAAACGGCCCAUGAAGGCCGCCGGGGAGGUGGACCCGCUGGCGGAGGACGUCAAGACGACAGGCUCCGCUGAUAACCCCAUCUACUGGCAUGGCCUAUGCCGGGGGGCCGCGCGCUACUUGGAAGUUACAGCGCAGGGCAAGGACGCCCAGGAGACGGUCCCCUCGAAUAAGGUGCACCUGGCCAACUAUCGCAAGUUCGAGAUCGAGCAGCCCCAGAAAUGGGGGAAAACUGUCAUGGCGUUGGUGCUGGCUCCUGGGCAACAUCGCGGGGCAAAGCACCGCCAGAUCGCGAAGGAACAUUUCGACGAGGUCGCGACGUGGAGCAACAUGGAGACCAUCAGGGACAUCGUCAUGUUAGACGAGGACGAGUUCUGCAGCCACAUGGAGACCACGAAGGGGUGGCGCAGGGAUCGGUCGGCGAAGGUAUUCCAGGAUAUGGUUGACGACCCGAACGUCGCCACAGAGAAGGACUCGGACGACGAUGCGGAUCUGGUGCCUGUGAAGUUGCCGAAAAAGUACCGCGGUACGAUCGGCCGCGGCCAGAAGAGGGCGCAGAGGACUACUUCGGAUAUUGCCACGAAGGCCGACGCCGCGCGCUCCGCCAGCCGAAUCCAGGGCAGGUCGCCAGUGGCGCCGGGCACGCCGGGCCAGCCGCGCCAGCCAGGGCUGUUCGCCAGCGCGUACGACAACGCCGCGGAGGUGCAGUGGACAGGGCCAGAGUUGGCAAACGCGAAGAAGAAGCUGAUCGCAGAAGGGUCAGCCAUCCUGAAAGACUUAGGCCUCCCUGGGAAGAAGGGCUUCAUCUCCACUCUGGCCGCCUUCGUGGAUGCCCCUCGCAAGGACGAUAAGAUGAAGACCGCGCUGGAGCUGCACGGCCUGACUGGCGAUAAAGUCAAGGAGCUGAAGGACAAGAGGGACCAGCUCAUGGACAGACAUGCGAAUAUCGCCAGCUGCAGGGCCUCCAGCUUCACGCAGCUGCAUAAGGAGGAUCCCCUCGUAGCCAGCAGCGCCCCGCCAAGAGCAAGUCAGAGCAGCGGGGCCAGCGUGGAGCAGGAGCCGAAGGCGGAGCUCUCAGCCCCAUGGAGCCGCGAUUCCCCAGCCCGCCAGGCCCUGCAGGUCGAGUACGAAUACCUGCCGAAGUAUUCAGAGUUCCACUUCCACCUAACGCCGAUAGCGCUGCUGAGGCCACCAACCGUGGUGGAUGGCCUCAUUGGCGAGUUGCGCUGCGCUACCACCAAGCACAACCGCGGCAUGACCGAGGUGAAGAUGUACGAGGCUGAGCAGAAGAAGGUGGCCAAGAGCUUGGCGGCAAAACAGAGGCCCCUCCAGGGCCUGGGCCAUCCGCCGCCCAGGUGCGAGGCGAAGAAGAAAAUCGGUCGUUUCAUUGAGAAGGGCUGCGGGCAGAAGCUGGCCAAACACCUCGAUGACAUUGCUUCCAAGGUCGAGGCGGGCUGCGAGAGCAACGGCUGCCUCUCCGACGCCAAGCAGCAGGACCUUACCGACAACAACCCAUGCCUGCUGACCAUGGAGGCAACGAUGUCCACGCACCUGCUCAAUUUGGCCGACGCUGCGAACGACAAGUGGAAGGUCCAGGAGAGGCUCAACAGGGUGUGCAGUGCUCUUUCCGCCAAGAAGGCGAACGGUAACAUGAUGAUGAUGAGCAUGCCUGACGAGUACUUCGAGUGGCACGCCGCGGCGACAAGCGGGAAGUGUAACGCCAGCGCCGACGUCAAGUGCAUCAAGUUGCCGUGGAUGCUGGCUUUCCAGAAGUGCGCUCCACGUUGCGGGUUUGACCAGGUGGGGAUGAUGGGAGCCCCCAUGGCGGUCGUGAGCUUGCGCGGGCCCAUCGUCGUCAUCGUCGUCUCCCUUGAGAACCUGAAGCUUGCGCCAGACGUGACGUUCCAGGAUGCAAUUGAAAAUGUCAAGGAUGAGGACUUCAUGGAGUUGAUUCAUCGUUGGGCGCAUGUACCCGCGAAGCAGGUCGUGUGGAUCCCCGGCGGGUUCGCGCCGAUCUACGUCGGCAUCAGCGGCGAGGACCUGAACUCCGUCAUUGAGAUUCCUGUGUUGAUGGGCUCCGCUGAGAGCGCGCCGGCGAUCUAUUGCAACGCGGUGAAGGACGUCUGCGAGCACUCCAAGAAGAAGUUCGAGGCGGACGCGGCGCCUUGGAAGAACGCGCACGCGUUCAUCGCGAAGUGGUCGGAGCCGUGGAACGUCGACAAGGCGAGAGCGGACUCCUGCAACGUCGACCCGGGGUUCCCGAAGGCCAGUCUCUACUUUGGCACCUUCAGCCCGCUGAGGCUGGGGCGCGUGAAUCACGGGACCUGCUUCGUGAUGCUGAGGAACCCUGUGAGCCGAGCGAUGGCCCACUUCGACGCCCAGUUCGGGUUGACGGAGAGAUUCGACUACAAGGCCCUUGAUUACAAGGCGUUCACGAACAUGAGCAACGCGUCCCUGGAAGACGCGGUACAGGCAACGGGCACCGGGCUGUACUUGUCCAGGUAUCUGGGCUGCAAGGGCCAGGAGCCGUUCAUGCUGCAGCGACGGAAGAGCAGGAAGGGUGAGAGGUAA